GGAGCUCAACUGACCUGAGAAAGGAACGAAUCAGUUUAUGAAGUGAUUCGGUUCAGAAGAUUCGUUCAUUCGAACGAAUCGUUCGCGAACGACACAACAUUAGCAGUUUGCUGCUAUGGCUCGACAUGUUCAUACCUCGACCUCCUGUACUGUAGAAUGUAGUAUGGACCAUAGGACAGGACGAAGACCUCCUGUACUGUAGAAUGUAGUAUGGACCAUAGGACAGGACCAAGAAAUCCCGUUAAGAAGCCUAAGAUGCUCUACUAGUCUGCUGGAAAUCCAAAGAAGAAGAACGAUGACAAAGCAAAAUGGCGUUUGACGGAGAAGGCCUAAACGUGGCCAUUAUAGACGUCUGUGAAGAGCAUCUUCUACCUGAGGAAGAGGAGUGGAGCUUCCCGAUGCAGCCAGAGGAGCCACAGCCCUCUUACUUUAAAGAAGAAGGGGAAAUGCCAGAGACCCCGCACAUUAAAAAGGAAGUGACCUCCGACAUUAAACGGAACAUGAAAGAACCACUGAAUCCCCACUUGAAAGGGGAAGAGGAGGCGCCACAAAGCUCCUGCCUUAAAGAGGAAGAGGAGGAACACAGCAUCAGUCAUGAGGGAGAGCAGCUUGAAUGGUUGGAGGAGUUCCCAGUGAUAAGAGUUAUUGUGAAGAGUGAAGAUGAUGAGGUCAAAGGUGAAAGUGAGGAGAAGAGCAGCAGCUCAACACAACACAUGACAACAGAAGCUGAUGGAGACCACUGUGGAGGAUCACAAGCAGACAAGCUCUUAGCUCCACUAUCAGAUAGUGAGGACACAACGUCACACUCUCCUGACACUGAUGAUGAAGACUCUAAAGAUGAUAAGACAAACUCUCACUUCAAAUGUUCUCACUGUGACAACACCUUUAAAUACAUUUGUCUUCUGAAAAGACACAUGAGAAUACACACCGGAGAAAAACCUUUUCCCUGCUCACUCUGUGAUAAGGAUUUCAUUCAAUGUGACACUUUAAAAGUACACAUGAGGUCACACACUGGAGAAAAACCUUUUUGCUGUUCAAUCUGUGGUAAAGGUUAUACUACAAAAAGGAGCUUGAUCAAACACACGGUAAUACACACUGGAAAAAUACCUUUUUCCUGCUCAGUCUGCGGUAAAGACUUCAAUGAAAGUCAACCUUUGAAAUUCCACAUGAGCACACACACGAGACGACAACAUUUUACCUGUUCAGUCUGUGGGAAUGGUUUUGCUCAAAGUUAUCAUUUGGAAGUGCACUGGUGAAACAAUGUUUUCCUGUUCGUGCUGCGACAAAAGCUUUUGUAAACCAUCAGCAUUGGUAAGACACAUGAGAAAGACCUUUUUCUUGUUCAAUCUGUGGUAAAGGUUUUACUGAAAAAAGGAGUGCGAUAAAACACACAAUAAUACACGCUGGAGGAAAACCUUUUACCUGAUCAAUUUGUAGUGUGUGCUGAAUUAUUAUUUAGUACCGUAUUUUCCGCACCAUAAGCCGCCCCGUGUUAUAAGCCGCGCCUUCAAUGAACGGCAUAUUUCAAAACUUUGUCCACCUAUAAGCCGCCCCGUGUUAUAAGCCGCAUCUAACUGCGCUACAGGGAAUGUCAAAAAAAAGUCAGAUAGGUCAGUUAAACUUUAAUAAUAUAUUAAAAACCAGCGUUCUAACAACUCUGUUCACUCCCAAAAUGUACGCAAAUGUGCAAUCACAAACAUAGUAAAAUUCAAAAUAGUGCAGAGCAAUAGCAAUAACUUAAUGUUGCUCGAACGUUAAUGUCACAACACACAAAAUAAACAUAACACUCACUUUCUGAAGUUAUUCUUCAUUCAUAAAUCCCUCGAAUUCUUCUCCUACGGUGUCCGAAUUAAAAAGUUGGGCGAAUUACGGGAUCCAAAAUGGCCGGCUCCGUCUCGUCGAAGUCAUCAGAGUCAGUGUCGCUGUUGUUUUUCCAGCAGUUCCGUGAAUCCUGCCUUCCGGAAAGCUCGGACCACAGUUGAGACCGAAAUAUCCGCCCAGGCAUUUACGAUCCACUGGCAGAUGUUGGCGUAUGUCGUCCGGCGCUGUCUCCCUGUCUUAGUGAAGGUGUGUUCGCCUUCGGUCAUCCAUUGUUCCCACGUUGUUCGCAGUCGUGCUUUAAAUGCCUUGUUGACACCAAUAUCGAGCGGUUGGAGUUCUUUGGUUAAUCCACCCGGAAUGAUGGCGAGUGUUGUAUUUGUGUGCUUCACUUGUUUUUUGACACCAUCUGUGAUGUGGGCGCGCAUGGA